AUGGCACGGAUGUACGGGAUUGCAGCCUGGGACCGUGCACUACAUGACGAUGCAGUUAUCCGAGUUGUGGGCAAAAGCGUGACUGGUUGGGUAAUGGGCAAUGUCAAAUGUGCGGUUGUGAAGUGUUAUACGUUAUUAGUAAUAUUCUUAUUACAUCUGAGUGACAAUAAGGGGAUUGAGGUGGAUGAGAGACCGGCGAGAGAAAGGAUUGUUGUCGUCGUCGGUGACGGAGAUAGAGGAUCGCCAAGAUCUGCAGAUGCUACGGAAAUGGAGGAGUUCGACGACGGAGAACAAUCGGACGGCGAUUAUCAAAAAGAGUUCCUCCGGUAA